GCAUCUCUAUCGGCAUUGUCACAGAUGAACAGUGUGACGAUAGCGCAAACAUGGCGGAGGGUGAGAGCCUAGAGACCGUCACUGAACAUGAGCGAAUAUUGCAGGAGAUCGAGAGCACGGACACGGCCUGCGUGGGCCCGACGUUACGAUCUGUUUACGAUGAUCAACCCAACGCACAUCGAAGGUUUAUGGAGAAACUUGAUGCCAGAAUACGUAACCAUGACAGAGAGAUCGAGAAAAUGUGUAACUUUCAUCAUCAGGGCUUUGUUGAUGCCAUCACAGAACUGCUGAAAGUACGAGCAGAUGCAAAGAAGCUUAUGGGCCAAGUGAGCGACACCAAUCGAAGACUUCAAGACGCCGGACGAGAGGUGACGGCCCAAACCGAAGAGGUCAUCCGAUGUCGAGUUCAGCAGAGGAACAUGGCCACCACGGUGGAGAAAUUACAGCUCUGCAUCCCGGUCCUGGAAAUGUACAGCAAACUAAAGGAGCAACUUGAAUCAAAACGAUACUACUCUGCAUUGAAAACCAUGGAGCAGCUGGAAAACAUUUAUAUUCCCAGAGUGAGCCAGUACAGAUUCUGUCAAAUCAUGGCCGAGACGCUUCCGAAACUCCGUGAGGAGAUUAAGGAAAUCUCCAUGUCUGACCUGAAAGACUUCCUGGAGAGCAUCCGAAAGCACUCGGAUAAGAUUGGGGAAACUGCAAUGAGACAGGCUCAGCUUCACCGUACAUUUAACAGUGCAGUACAGAAGCAGGUCACCCUUACCUGUGCUAAACCUCUUUACGGUCUGAACGGCCGGACACCACUUCAUCACAACGGCCUGAACACAGAGGAGGCGGCAGAUGAAGACGACGCAGAUGACGAGGUUUUGACGGCCCAUGAUCUAGUGGAUUUCUCACCUGUCUAUCGCUGUCUUCACAUCUACACUGUUUUGGGGGAUAGAGAGACGUUUGAAAAUUACUACAGGAAACAAAGAAAAAAACAAGCAAGACUUGUACUGCAGCCUCAGGCCAACAUGCAUGAGACAGUGGAGGGCUACAGGAAAUACUUCAAUCAGAUUGUUGGGUUUUUUGUGGUGGAGGAUCACAUAUUGCAUGCCACACAAGGACUGGUGACCAGAGCCUUUACAGAUGAGCUGUGGAACAUGGCCCUGUCCAAAAUCAUCGCAGUUCUCCGUACACACUCUUCAUACUGUAAUGAUCCUGACCUGGUCUUAGAGCUGAAGAACCUGAUUGUUAUAUUGGCAGACACUUUACAGGGUUAUGGUUUCCCUGUGAACAGACUUUUUGACCUUUUAUUUGAGGUUCGAGAUCAAUACAAUGAAACAUUGCUGAAAAAAUGGGCGCUGGUGUUCAGGGAGAUUUUUGAGCAGGACAACUACAGUCCAAUUCCAGUGGAAAAUGAAGAGGAGUAUAAAGCUGUGAUCAGUCGCUUCCCCUUUCAUGAUGCUGAGAUUGAAAAGCAACAAUUUCCAAAGAAGCUGCCGAUGUCCCAGUCCGUGCCUCAAAUCUACGCACAAGUGAAGGAAUUUAUUUACGCCAGUUUGAAGUUCUCAGAGUCGCUUCAUCGCAGUUCAACUGAAGUCGACGACAUGCUCCGGAAAUCCACCAACCUGCUGCUGACCCGGACGCUAAGCAGCUGCUUGCAAAACCUCAUCAAGAAGCCACACAUAGGAUUAACUGAGCUUGUCCAAAUUAUCAUCAACACCACACACUUAGAACAAGCGUGUAAAUACUUGGAGGACUUCAUCACGAACAUAACCAACGUUUCUCCAGAAACGGUUCACACCACAAGACUCUACGGGCUUUCCACCUUCAAGGAUGCCAGGCACGCAGCCGAGGGUGAGAUCUACACUAAACUCAACCAGAAAAUUGAUGAAUUUAUUCAGUUAGCGGAUUAUGAAUGGUGCAUGGCGGAGUCAGAUGGCCGGGCCAGUGGUUACCUCAUGGAUCUGAUAAACUUCCUGCGCAGCACCUUCCAGGUCUUCACACAUCUUCCGAAUAACAACAAUGAUCAUGCAGCGAUGUCGGGUAAGGUUGCGCAGACGGCAUGCAUGUCUGCCUGCAAACAUCUGGCCACAUCAUUGAUGCAGAUGCUGUUGGACUCUGAGCUCAAGCAGGUCAGCAUGGGAGCCAUUCAGCAGUUCAACCUGGACGUAAUACAGUGUGAAUUAUUUGCCAGUUCAGAGCCUGUACCAGGAUUUCAGGGAGACACGCUGCAGUUGGCCUUCAUUGACCUCCGACAGCUUUUGGAUCUGUUCAUGGUGUGGGAUUGGUCAACAUACCUGGCUGACUAUGGGCAGCCCACCUCAAAAUACCUGCGGGUGAACCCUUCCACUGCUUUAGCACUUUUAGAAAAAGUCAACAGAGGAAUUAAGGACACAAGUAAGAAGAACAACAUCUUCUCACAGUUCAGAAAGAACGACCGUGACCGGCAGAAACUGAUUGAGACUGUGGUGAAACAGCUGAGGAGUUUGGUGAAUGGAAUGUCCCAGCAUUCCUAGAGUCUGCCACCAUCAAGAGUGGACAGGGCUUGACAAUGUAACCCAUAUACUACAUUCAAAAUAUUGCUUUGGCUUUUCUUUUUUUUUUAUUUAAAUGUAAAGUAACAUCUCCCAGGCUGUUCAAAGUACUGUGGUAUAUUUUGACAACUGCAUCCUCGGUCUUCUGCCAAAAUAUUCACCAUUAGGUUAGUCGUGUAAAUAUAUGGCAAAAAAAUAGAGAACAGAAGUUAUGCAGUAAUUUUUUGUAAUGUAUUUUUAAAGGUUGAGAAUUAUGUUUUGUACAUUGUGAAAGUGCAAUGAUUCAAGAGAGCAGAAGCGUGUAUGUGACUGGUGAUAAUAUUGAUGAUGGUCAUACCUGUAUGAAAUUCUCCAUAGUGUAAUAUGGUUGAAGUUUUUAUUGUAAAUAUUUUGAAAUGUAUUUAACACGGCUGUGGAGUCAUGCUUCCCAUCGGUCUGCCUCGAGUCAAAUUUGACUCAUAUGAAGUGACUUAUAAAUGAUAAAAACAUUUGCAUGAGAAUGCUUCAUUUUCCUUUGAAGUCGACAAACUUGACUUGUGCAUAAACAGGCACAACCUAAAAUGAUCAGCUACAUUUCACUAAAUGAUGUAAAAGAAAAUGCACCACAGGAUUUUAUUUAAUUUUUGUUUCCUCAGGGCAAAAUGAAAGCUUUUGGUUUAAAUGCUUUAGUAUCUCAUUUUAAGAAGAAACUAAAUAAGCAAUAAUUGGUUCAGCUAUAGACUCUGAGAAAAGUUGUGUUAAAAAUCUAUAAGUUCAGCUUUUAGUUUUAUUUUAUUUUACUUUCAACGGACAUUUUGCACUGAAAUUUAUUUAAGUUUGCCUUUAAACAAGCAACUGUAUGCUUAUGUAUUUAAAGUAACAUUGUAUAUACCACAAUAUUUUGUUAAAAUGGGUAAAAAUGGAAUGUAAAGAUGAAAACUCUGGUAAGAGAUUUCUUUAAUCUGUUGUCUAAACAGAACUCAAGUUUUACAUUUGUCAUCUGAGACGAGAUUGUUUUCCACAUUUCUGUUUGUCAUCUCAUGUCUGUAACAACACUAAUAUUGGUUACACUUUAAAAAUAACUCUCUUAACUUACAAAUUUGGAUUGGUAGUUGACGUGCAUUUGAAAGUGUAUUUAUAUAUGAAAAUAUAAGAAUGAAAGUUUCGGUUUAUUUUAUUGUACAUUAACGAAUGACCCGUGAGACAUUAUUAUUAAGGGUGUAUUAUCAAUAAUGAAGGUUAUUAUAAAGCGUUACCCUGAUUUUUCCUGGUGUCCAACAGAAUCCCAAAGUCUCCCAGUGGAGUCACAAAAACAGUGACGUGAUUUCAAAAUCCACUCGUUUUUAUUUGUGUGCUUUAAUAAAACAUUGUCACGAAACUA